AUGAGCGGAAUCAGUAAAGAAAAUUAUUUAAGUCCAAUAAUUCCUCCUGAUGUAAAAGUGAAAGAUAUACGCCUAGUGGAAGCAACAAAUGAAUCGUUAAAGGAUAUUGGCUAUUUGAUUACUUCUCCGGAUGAUGUCACCGUACAAAACGGCAAAUUUGAUAUAGUUCCUUGGCCUACAAAAGGAUGGAGGGCACUUGAUCCAAACACGGGAAAUGAAGCUGGGACAACUGAAGGAUCGAUGGAGAUUUAUUGGGAAGAAGAUCGUUUAUAUGGCAAAAACCAUGCUAUUGCUACUGAUUCUAAUCACUAUUUACUUGGAUAUGGAAACUUUCCAUCGCAAUCCGCAUCAAUAUCUAACUCAAAUAUAAGCGAGCCAUCGGAUAUUUCAUCUGUUUUCAUUUGGAGUUCCGAUUAUCAUCCUGAUGGUGGCCAGUUGUUCUUUCCCACCAAUGGUAAACCGUUCAUUUCCACUUUGGCUCCAGCUGUGGGUGAUGAUAUUACACCUGAUCAUAUCACUGCUUUUUAUCCCUAUUCCAGUCGACAAUCAAUUUUAAGUGAUCUAUAUGUUAAUCCAAAUGCUCUUGGUUUAGGUAUUGCGGGUUUAUUAUUAAAGCAAGCAUAUGAAGAACAAGCUCGUCAACGUACAAAUAUUCAUUCGAUUAUUUGGGAAACAGAAGUAUAUAAUUGUUCAGCACAAAAAACUUAUAGAAUACUUAUGUGGAUUAUGAAUUAG